UGGCCGCCACCAUUUGACCGCAUUUUCGCGAAAGACUUGGCAUAAAAAACAUCACUGAGACGAACAAAAAAAAAAACAAACAUUAGCCACCGGGUAAUUGUGAUAAGAUUUUAGUGAAAUUUUAAUAGUCAAACUCUCCGACUGACAUGGUGGUCUCCGUUAAAGUUUACAAGAAGGCAACGCCUAAUGGCAAAGUCACCUUUUAUUUGGGCAGGCGUGACUUCAUCGAUCACUUGGAUUACUGUGAUCCCGUCGAUGGUGUGGUGGUUGUGGAUGAGGAAUAUCUGAAGAGGCGUAAAGUUUUUGGCCAAUUGGCCACCACAUAUCGCUAUGGCCGUGAAGAGGAUGAGGUCAUGGGUGUCAAAUUCUCCAAGGAGCUUAUCUUGUGCCGUGAAGUAAUAGUGCCCAUGAACAAUCCCAACAUGGAAAUGACCCCAGUGCAGGAGAAACUUGUUCGCAAACUCGGUGCUAAUGCUCAUCCCUUCACUUUCCAUUUUCCCCCAAAUUCACCCAGCUCGGUAACGCUGCAACAGGAGGGCGAUGACAAUGGCAAACCCUUGGGAGUGGAGUACACAAUUCGUGCCUAUGUGGCCGACACCGAAGAUGAGCGCCAACACAAACGCAGCAUGGUCAGUUUGGUGAUCAAGAAGUUGCAAUAUGCUCCACCCACACGCGGUCAACGUUUGCCCAGCUCAUUGGUCAGCAAGGGCUUUACCUUUUCGAAUGGCAAAAUUAGCUUGGAGGUGACCUUGGAUCGUGAAAUCUACUAUCAUGGUGAAAAAGUGGCAGCCACUGUACAAAUCAACAACAGUUCCAAGAAGGCGGUAAAGAAUAUCAAAGUUUUCGUCAUCCAACAUACCGAGAUCACAAUGGUCAAUGCUCAAUUUAGCAAACAUGUGGCCCAGCUGGAGACCAAAGAGGGAUGCCCCAUAACACCAGGAGCAAAUCUAUCGAAAACUUUCUAUUUGAUACCAUUGGCAGCGAACAACAAGGAUCGUCAUGGUAUUGCUUUGGAUGGCCAUCUAAAGGAUGAAGAUGUAAAUCUGGCCUCCUCCACCAUGGUGUCAGAAGGCAAAUCAACUGGUGAUGCCUGUGGUAUUGUGAUCUCUUAUUCGGUACGUGUAAAACUUAACUGUGGAACUUUGGGUGGUGAAAUCCAAACUGAUGUACCUUUCAAAUUGGCGCAACCUGCUCCAGGAACCAUUGAAAAGAAACGCUCCAAUGCCAUGAAGAAAAUGAAAUCCAUUGAGCAGCAUCGCAAUACCAAAGGCUACUAUCAGGACGAUGAUGAUAACAUUGUCUUUGAGGACUUUGCCAAGAUGCGCAUGAACAAUGCGGAAAUGAAUGAUCAAUAAACCAAUUGUUGUUGUUUUGUAAAUGGAUCAGUUGACAUUAUCCUUGAGGCCAUCCUUUUUCCAUCAUUUUCAGCAAAAAACAAACACUUUGUACUAAUCAAUCGAAACCAGGGUAAUACUAUUACAAAUAACCAUAAUGAUAAACAAUUAAGGGGAAUUUUUUCUUAUAAGAAUCAAAUUUGAAAUGAAAGCGGCGCUUUUAAUUGUGCUUUACUAAAACUUAUUUAACAAAAUUAAGGAAAAGAACUCUAAAAAUCUGUUUUUAAAGCAGUCAUAUCCUGAUAUUAUUAUAAGCAAAGAGAAAACAAAUAUAUAUAAACAAAUUUAAAACAAAUAAAAAAAAUAAUAAUAAAUGUAUUAACAAAUUAUUACAAGCAAUAAAA